AUGGCUUCGGCUAGGACAGUUCUGGGCGUUACCGUUACACUUGUGUGGCAUCCUGAAGAACAGAGUGUAUGGCCAGAUGGGUACUCGGCCCAAGGAGGCGGUAAUGGAAGCGUCGUAAACGAAGAACUGGUGUUCCAUCAUCUGGAACUGUUUGUUGCCACCGACUCUCAAGUACGGUGCACGGAUUCCGACGAUCGAACCGUCAGAGAUGUUUGCGAAUCUGUUUAA